AUGGAUCUGGUCACAGUCCUGGUGCUCACUGUCUCCUGCCUGCUUCUCCUCUCACUCUGGAGACAGAGCUCAGGGAGAGGGAAGCUCCCCCCUGGCCCCACUCCUCUCCCGUUUAUUGGAAACAUUCUGCAGAUAGACGUGAAGGACGUCAGCAAAUCCUUAACCAACUUCUCCAAAGUCUAUGGCCCUGUGUUCACUCUGUAUUUUGGCACGAAGCCCUCUGUGGUGCUGCAUGGCUAUGAAGCUGUGAAGGAGGCCCUUGUUAAUUUUGGAGAGGAAUUUUCUGGAAGAGGCAGUUUUCCAAUAUCUGAAAGAGUAAACAGAGGCCUUGGAAUCCUUUUCAGCAAUGGGAUGAAAUGGAGGGAGAUCCGGCGUUUCUCCAUCAUGACCCUGCGGGACUUUGGGAUGGGGAAGAGGAGCAUUGAGGACCGUGUACAGGAGGAAGCACAGUGCCUUGUGGAGGAACUGAGGAAAAGCAAAGGCGCACCCUGUGACCCCACCUUCAUCCUGGGCUGUGCGCCCUGCAAUGUCAUUUGCUCCAUUAUUUUCCAGAAUCGUUUCGAUUAUAAAGAUCAGAGUUUUCUUAACUUGAUGGAAAAAUUUAAUGAAAAUCUCAGACUCAUGAGCACCCCAUGGAUACAGGUCUGCAAUACUUUCCCUGUUAUUAUUGAUUAUUUACCUGGAAGUCAUAACCAAAUACUUAAAAAUUUCUUCUAUGUAAAAAAUUAUGUUUUGGAGAAAGUGAAAGAACAUGAAAAAACACUGGAUAUGGCCAAUCCAAGGGACUUCAUUGAUUGUUUCUUGAUCAAAAUGGAACAGGAAAAGCACAAUCCAAAGUCCGAGUUUACCAUAGAAAGCUUGGUGACAACUGUAACCGACAUGUUUGGAGCCGGAACAGAAACAACAAGUACCACUCUGAGGUACGGACUCCUGCUGCUGAUGAAGCACACGGAUGUCACAGCUAAAGUCCAGGAAGAGAUAGAGCGCGUGGUUGGCAGAAACAGGAGCCCCUGCAUGCGGGACAGGAGCCACAUGCCCUAUACUGAUGCUGUAGUGCAUGAGAUCCAGAGGUAUAUUGACCUCAUCCCCAUGAACCUGCCUCAUUCAGUGACCUGUGAUGUUAAAUUCAGAAACUACCUCAUCCCCAAGGGUACCACUGUAAUAACAUCACUGACAUCAGUGCUGUAUGAUGACAAAGAAUUUCCUAAUCCAGAGAAGUUUGACCCUGGUCACUUUCUGGAUGAGAGUGGCAACUUUAAGAAGAGUGAUUACUUUGUGCCUUUCUCAACAGGAAAGCGGAUGUGUGCAGGAGAAGGCCUGGCUCGUAUGGAGCUCUUUUUGUUCUUCACCACCAUCUUACAGAAUUUUAACCUGAAGCCUCUGAUUGAUGUAAAGGAUAUUGAUACCACACCAAUUACCAGUGGAUUUGGCCAUGUGCCCCCUUCGUACCAGGCUUGUUUUAUUCCUGUGUAAAGGGCAGCCUCCUUAUGCUGUCAACCUGCAACUUCUGCAGGGUACUGUUCAUUUCACUCCUGGUUAUAUAGUUUUUUUCUCUCACAUUUCCCCAUUCCCUUGAGAUCCAGUGAAACUCAUUAAACAGGGUUCUCUGAG